GACGUGGAGAGAUGGUUCAUCCCCUGUUCUCUUUCACGUCCGCAGUUCCCAGAUAUAGGCGGUGCUUCUUCUGUAUAGACCACAUUAUCGCUUCAGAMUUUUCUAGAACGAUACCAACAUGAGCGGCAGAGGAAAGGGAGGCAAAGGACUCGGUAAAGGAGGCGCCAAGCGUCACCGUAAAGUCCUCCGUGAUAACAUCCAGGGAAUCACCAAGCCCGCUAUCCGCCGUCUGGCUCGCCGCGGGGGAGUCAAGCGCAUCUCCGGUCUCAUCUACGAGGAGACCCGCGGUGUGCUCAAGGUCUUCCUGGAGAACGUCAUCCGUGACGCCGUCACCUACACCGAGCACGCCAAGAGGAAGACCGUCACCGCCAUGGACGUGGUGUACGCUCUCAAGAGGCAGGGCCGCACUCUGUACGGCUUCGGAGGUUAAACUGCUUCAUUGUAUUGAUACAACAAAACGGUCCUUUUAAGGGCC